UUAAAAAAGAACGUCAUCUGCCUCAUACAUUUAGCUUUAGCCAAAAUUAGCCAGUCGUUCAAAUCAUAGAUACAUCUUUGCCGACACGAGUGUUUUUUUUUUCUCCAUUUCAACCGACAGCCAACGUAUAGCGGUUAUUUAUUUUUGGGGUUCCCCGUGUUUACAGUGCCAAACAUGUACAUAAAAGCCUUGUUCCGAUGCAGAGACAUGCUGAAAGCAGAACUGAUCGUGUGAAAUGCUGGCUAGCUUAAUCAAAGCUAGCUGAGGAAUAGGGGCCGAGAAACGAAAGUGGCUGACAUUAACGAGAGAUAAGCAUUUCAUAAGACGCCACUGAAGCCACACGAAGAAGAGGAAGAAGGACUGGUAGAUAGGUAUUAUCCUACACAGGCAGAGCCAUGGGUGCGUUCCUGGACAAGCCCAGGACGGAGAAGCACAACCUGCAUGCUGAGGGCAACGGCGUGCGCUACGGGCUGAGCUCCAUGCAGGGCUGGCGGGUGGAGAUGGAGGACGCUCACACCGCUGUGUUGGGACUUCCAGCUCCCGGUAUGACCGACUGGUGCUUUUUCGCCGUGUACGACGGUCACGCUGGCUCGAGGGUCGCCACCUACUGCUCUAAGCAUCUUCUGGAACACAUACUUGGCGCUAGCUCAGGGGCCGGAGGGACCCCGGGCUCCCCGACCGGAUCGGACAAAGGUGACUCUCCAGCACUGGUUCCUUCCACGGUGGAGACUGUGAAAUCUGGGAUCCGGACAGGCUUCCUGAAGAUCGACGAGCACAUGCGCAGCUUCUCCGACCUCCGUAACGGCAUGGACCGUAGCGGCUCCACAGCGGUGGGGAUCCUCCUGUCCCCCGAUCAUUUCUUCUUCAUCAACUGUGGCGAUUCGCGAGCCGUUCUGUACCGCGACUCGCACGUGUGCUUCUCCACGCUCGACCACAAGCCUUGCAACCCGCGCGAGAGGGAGCGCAUCCAAAACGCCGGCGGCUCGGUGAUGAUUCAGAGGGUCAACGGGUCGCUCGCCGUAUCGAGGGCCUUGGGGGACUUCGAUUACAAGUGCGUGGAUGGCAAGGGCCCCACGGAGCAGCUGGUUAGCCCUGAACCAGAGGUGUUUGAGAUGGUCCGGGCCCCAGAACAGGAUCAGUUUGUGGUCCUGGCGUGUGACGGCAUCUGGGACGUCAUGUCCAACGAGGAGCUGUGCGAGUUCGUGAAAUCUAGGCUGGAGGUGUCUGACGACCUGGAGAGAGUCUGCAACGAGGUGGUGGACACCUGCCUGCACAAGGGGAGUCGGGAUAACAUGAGUGUUGUGUUAGUGUGUUUGCCCAACGCCCCCAAAGUGUCGGAGGAAGCUGUGAGGAAAGACGCUGAGCUCAACAAAUAUCUGGAGUCUCGAGUGGAAGAGAUGCUGUCUCGGCCAGUGGAGGACGGGUUUCCGGACCUGGUAGCGGUAUUGAGGAACCUGUCCACCGACAUCGGCAUGCCCUCGUUGCCACCAGGGGGGGGCCUCGCCAGCAAACGCAGUGUUAUUGAAGCAGUAUACAACCGUCUGAACCCGUACAGAGAGGAAGAUGGGAGCGGAGCCGAGUUGGAGUACCACUGGUAGCUGUCCAGCACAACUGCCUGAUCCCAGAAGAACAGGACCACUUUUCCACACAAGAUCACAUUCAUAGUCACCUUUUUAAUUUCCUCUGGGGUGUUUUUUUUUUUUUUUUUUAAUUUUUUUUUAUUCCCCACACCGAGAUCAAUCGAAGCAGAAAUCCUGGAUUUAAAAACAAACGACUCACCCAACGUGGAGGACUGCGAAACAGAUUUAGUUCUUUUUACAGAACAAAACGGGAGGAAGAUGAGAACAACUGCGUUAAUAUCUGAAAGAAUAACUACAUAUACAGUAUAUACUUAAGAGAGGCAAACAAGCACAGUUCCUCUGGUCCAUCCGUUUCUUGCUUUCUCUGUGGUUGUUGUUGUUGUUGUGGGUUGACGGAGACACAGGAGCAGCUCUGAACACUUUGGGCCUCACCAAUCGAAAGAGAUGGAGAAAUUGUAAGAUACUGAAUGGACUGAAGUGGUUUGUUGGCUGCAUUUUUUUUUUUUUUUUUUGCGUUAUUUGUUUUGGAAGUGUGAACUUUACUUGCAGCUGACCGGCAGCCAACCGACCACACAAGCCUGCGACUCCCACAAAUCUCAAGCUUUCGCCGUCCAGCUUGGGGUUCUGGGGGCGUUACUGGUACUCGGAUGAGGGCCCGACGCGUCACCUGGCAGCUUUUGCAGAACUCCUGGAUUUAAAACUCCCAAAAGCCCCACGCUAUCCAAAGACACCUGAACACAAGGGGAGCGGGGUCUGUCUGGCUCCUCCACACUGGGUCCAAACUAAAAACAGGACAUGGGCCGGUGUUCCUGGCUGCGGAGAGAUGAAUUACAUGAAGAUGGUUUAAACUCAAGUGUGACGACUCUUCCUGCACUUCCCGGCUCAGUUCCUCUCCUCCCGUAGGACGUUGUAGUGCAGUCGAUUUCUCACUCUUCCCUCUGUCUCUCUCCCUCUCUCUCUCUCCCUUUUUUCUCUUUCUCCGUCUCUUCAUAUGGCAGAAGAGACACUGCUGUCAUUUGCACUGGCAGACGUUGCCAGAAUCAUAAGCUUUUCAGCCUACUGUUUAAGAGAGAGAAAGAUAGUUAUAUAUAUAAAAAUAUAUUUUGAUUUGUUUGUUUCCUCUUAAUUCCCAGCCAUAGUAUUCGUUGUGGCCUAAUGUGUGUGUGUGUGUGUCCUGUGUGUGUGUGUGUGCACCUCUUUGUGUGUAGACAAAUUAAAACACAAAAAAAGUGGAAGUUGCACACACCGUGUUCCACACAGCAGCGCUCCAAAGACGGUUGGGGGAUAAAGAUAUUCCUCUCCUCCUUUCUCCUCGACACAAACAAUCCUGCUCGUGCUACAACUUGCCUUUUCUACUUCUCAAAUAACGCGUAGCAAAACCAACAUGUCUUUUUUUUGUUUUGAUUGGAUUCUUAAUGUGUUUUGCUAUAUAUGGCUUUUUAGCGUCCUGUAGAUGGAUAAGAAAACAACGAGGGCAGCAUGAAAUAUACCUUGUACAGUAGAUUUGGGGGAGAGGUGUAGGUUUUUGGGGUUUCACUGUAGGAAGUAAAGGACACUGUAGGGACAAACGACAACUGCCCCCCCCCCCCCCCCCAGAGCUGUGUUUCGCAUUGUCCCUGAAAUUGCUGUCCUUCAUUUUGUCCACAGCUCCCGUCAUGGACUUGCCUCUAAGCCCCGGUUUGACUCCUUUUGAUCGACCAGGAGUCUAUAAGUCUAUAAGCACUAAUAAGUGAUUAGAUGACUAUAUUGUCUGUUUGAAACAAAUGUGGGCAUUGACAAAGUGGAUACACAUACUUUGCAUGUGUAUUUUUUCUGUAUUGCAUUUACAAUAGGCCAUCAGUCAAUACAAAACUGUAAUAUACACUUUUUUUCUUUUUGUAAUCAUUCAAUUGUGCUUUCUGAAGUGGUAGUGUUGAAAGACAAUAGGCCUAACGGAGUUGCUGAUUAAUGUUCUGGUGGUACACUUGCUCUUGAUGCCAUAUGACAAAUAGGUACUUGAAUGUGUAGUUCUUUUGCAGUCGUUUUAAUGGGAUGAUUGCUUUUCUUUUGUUUGUGGUGGAGGGAGGGAGUGGGAGUGGGGGGGGGGGGGGGGGGUCUCUAGUUGUGCAUGUUUUGUGGUUUGAGGGAGGAGUGUGUUUUGUGUGUGAGAUGUACUGGGCGAUAAUGUGGGCAUGUUCAGUGUGGUGAAAAACGCAACGUUGGAGAGGAAAGGGGACGAUAAGAAGAAGAACAUGGAGGAUAGUGGAGCACAUAGCAGGAUACGAUUUGUUCUUAAGACUGAAAUUCAGUUGGUUAAACCCCCAAAUAUCUCAUGUUUUACACUGCAGCUGAUGUUUUGUUCUGACAUGUGAACUCCUACAAUGUAUUCACACUAACACUUCCUGACUUUUUAACGUAUUAAUGUUUUCACCACACUGAACACAAUUCUUUUUUUAGGUUUAUGUUGAAGCUAAAUCAGACACUGGGCGAGGAGACAAAUUAAGGGAGGGAAGGAGAGGUCUUUUUUUUUUUUUUUUUUUUUCUUUAAUGUAAUUUUCAUUAUUCACACUGAUUCCACUGCAUGGACAGAAUACAAGCAUCACUGCAGCAUCACAGUCUCUUCUCAUCGGUCAUUUAAUGACAAAACAAGCUCACUUUGCUCCCUCCAUUUUGAAGAAGGAAAAAAAAAAAAGAAAGUAUGUGAGAAUAAUUCUUGUUGUGGAAUAUAAUCGCAAGACUCACGCGAGAAGACGUCUCGCUCUUUUUAAAGGAGACUUUGGUAGUCGGGUGAUGCCUGAAUAGUUUGACCCCGACUUGUUUUUCAGCUUUGAUUUCCGGAUAUGUUGAGCAAAGAGAACUUUGUCUCCAGGACGUGUCAUUAUUUUGGGCCGCUGGGGUUGAAAUACCCGCGAGGACCCCAGACACGACGUUCCUCAUGUGGGCUUUGGAUGGAAAUGAACCCGAGUGCUCUUUGCCACCUCCUCCUGUCACGUCACACUGUUAGAGUUGAUGGGUUUAUGAUGGCGAUGAUGAAUUACACACUUUUUAUUUAUUCCAGUGCUUUUCAGCUCUUAUGAAAAAAAAAAAAAAAAAAAAAAAUGUAUUUUGAAGACCGAAUAAGGUGGUGUAAUGUGUGACCCACUCACCUUCAGGUUGAUGAGACAACACCAUCCCUUCUUCCUGUACUAAUUCCCCAGUAUGCUAUUGUGAUGUUACAGACCAUACAGUGAACAUAAAUGUCAAUAAAAGAUGGAUUUAAGUUUAAAACGG